UCCAUCUAGCCUCCAUGGACACCGGGAUCCUCUUCCCACUUCGUCCCCUUCUCAUCCAAAUGUGCAAAAGAUUUUCCAUACUCCCGGGUCAGUUGACCCCAAAUGCCCAUGGACUACUAAAUUGCUUCACAAAUAUUUGCAACUUCAAGAAAAUCACCCCCUCCCUAGAGCUCUUCCUCUUUAUGUUCGAAGUCCUACCGGGUAACGCCAACUGCUCCGGAUUUGUGUACUUCCAUUCUCGAAAAGAUAAAGCUUUCAUCUCUGAUGUUCCACCCGGUCAUAAAAAAUGGAAAACACGGUUUGUCUUUAUUGAGUUUCCCGAGGGCGAGUUCCCCUUUGAUGGCGAACUCCAAUGGGGAGACCGGCUUCCUGAGUCUGAAGAUGUUUACCCGGCCACCACUUCUGGUCUUGAGAAAGAUUGCGCGGCAUUAUUGAAGGGAGAUCCGACCACUGGGAAGGCUUUUAGCUUCGGGAAUUGGACACACCGGGUCCCUAGCCUGGAUGAGGGUACCCCUAGGUCCAAUGAAGCAGAGGCUGACCGGGUCGCAACCCCGGAGAGUAAUGCUGAGGCCGGGUCCCUUCAUCCAAAUAUGAACUUCAGAAGCUAUGCCGACCCUGAGGAUGAAGUAGAGGAUCUCGAGACCAGCUACGGCAACCAUGGUGAGUUCUCUGAGGCUUUCUCCAGACGAAUUCUUGGCACGGGCGAUGAUAAAUCCCAACGACUCCAAAGGAUGCUUGAUGCUGCCCAUGAAGAGAUCAAAGCACAUGUCACCAGUGCCAAUCAGGUGAAGACCUACCUUGAGCAGGUGACCCUUGAGAACAACAGAAUGAAGUUCUCGGUUAGGGAGAAGGAUGAGGAGAUCAACCGGCUUAAGGAGGAGAAUGAGCGACUGAAUGAUGCGCUGGUCAAGAGGGAAGAACAAGUGAGGACCCUUGAAGCUGAUUCCCGUGCCAAAGACGAGAUGUUUCCUGCUAGGGCCGAGGAAUGGGCAGGCCAGCACUACGCUGAGGUUGCCCAGGCCGUGACCGCUACACUUGAAGGAACCAAGGACUUCUUUGAGGUUCUGUUCAAGGAGCCUGAGGGUAAAAAGAUGACCACUGAGAUUGGAUCCUAUGGCUUCAUGAUGGGGCAGAAGACGGAGAGGACUGGCAUGUACCGGCUUAUGCAGAAGAGGGAUCCUAAACUCGAGCCCGCGGCAUGGAAGCUUCCCCCACUCCACAAAGAUGAACAAGUGCCACCAUUCCCCCUUGAGUAGGGUUAGGCUAGAUUGGUACCUUUGAAUUUCUUCCAUUGUACUAUUGGCAUUGAUGUCGGAUUUUAAUCCCUGUUGACUCCGAUUGCUUACUUGAUUUAA